AUGCAGUACCGAGUCGACCGACGCAGCUCUCGCGGCGGCCCUGGCGACAUUCGGCCGCAUCGACGUCAUGGUCAACAAUGCCGCCAUCAACGCCAUCGGCGUCACCGAAGCCUUGACCGAAGAGAGCAUGCGUGCCGUCAUGGAGACCAACUUCUGGGGUCCCAUGCGCAUCACACGCAAAGCCAUCGCCAUCUUUCGGGACGUCAAUUCCAAGUCUGGUGGUGGAAUAGGAGGCACGGUCGUCAAUGUCAGCACCAUCGGAGGACGAAUCGCCCUGCCGGCCGAAGCACCGUACCACGCGAGCAAGUUUGCCCUGGAGGGGUUCAGCGAGUGUAUCGCAUCGGAACUCGCGCCGGACUGGAAGAUUCGGGUCUUGAUCCUCGAACCAGGCGGCACCAAGACUCACUUCAUCGAGAAUUCGCGAGCGAACACGGGACCGUCUCAUCCCGCGUACAACGACCCAUCAUGAUCUACCGGUGA